CAUUGUUAACUUCAUUGAUUGAAGUAAUUAGAGAGAAACCAACAUCUUACAAUCCAAGAAAUUUCAACGGUUCAUUACAAAAUAAAUCUGGUCUUUUUUCAUUUUUUCAACCAGUCGCUGUUUCCAUGAAAUUUCCAUAUCCAAUCGUGUCGACAGGAUAUUGAUUGCGAACUGUCAGAAAGUCAAUUCAGCGAGAGACUCGUAACUUCAACAAAACUUCCAAUAAUGCAUUGGCAGUCUUGUUGAUUUCCCAAGUCCAUGCAACGCUUCUCCUUUCCUUACUAAUAAAAUUGUUACUUGUAACUACUACUAGCACUGCAUUUGUAACGUGAAACCUCUGUUGCUUGAUACUGCUAGAAGUUGGAAGAUGGCUGAGGCCGUCCUCGAAAUUGUGCUUGAGAAUAUGAGCUCUCUCGUUCAGAAAAAACUGGGACCCUUUCUGGGUUUCCAUCAAGACUUGGAAAGGCUUGCCAGCUUGCUCUCUGCAAUCAAGGCUACACUUGAAGAUGCUGAGGAGAAACAAUACUCAAACAGAGCUAUCAAAGAUUGGCUGCAAAAGCUAAAAGAUGCAGCUUAUGUGCUUGAUGACAUCUUGGACGAGUGUGCCACUGAAGCAUUGCAGUUGGAGAAUCAUAGAAUCACGUGUGGACUAUUAGACAAGGUACAAGCCUCUUCCUUAUCCUCCUUCCAUCCCAAGCAUGUUGUUUCCCGUUACAAGAUUGCUAAGAAAAUGAAAAGAAUAAGCGAGAGAUUAGAUGAAAUUGCCGAAGAAAGGACUAAGUUUCAUUUGACUGAGAUGGUUCGAGAGAGAAAAACUGAAGUCAUUGAUUGGCGUCAAACAACCUCAAUUAUUUCUCAACCUCAAGUCUUUGGAAGAGAAGAAGAUAAGGAUAAAAUUGUAGACUUUUUGGUUCUCCAUGCUUCUCAUAUUGAGGAUUUAUCUGUCUACCCAAUUGUGGGUCUUGGUGGACUAGGAAAAAGGACACUUGCUCAACUCAUUUUCAAUCAUGAGAGGGUGGUCAACCACUUUGAGCUUAGAAUUUGGGUAUGUGUUUCUGAAGAUUUUAGCUUGAAGAGAAUGACAAAAGCUAUCAUAGAAGCAGCAUCUGGGCAUGCCUGUGAGGAUUUGGAUCUAGAGCCGUUGCAGAAAAGACUUCAAGAUCUGCUUCAAUGGAAAAGGUAUUUGCUUGUUUUGGACGAUGUGUGGGAUGAUGAUCAAGAGAACUGGCAUAGGAUGAAAUCUGUAUUGAAUUGUGGAGCAAAGGGUACUUCAAUUUUGGUCACUACCCGUCUUUCAACGGUUGCAUCAAUUAUGGGAACAACGUCUCCUGAUGAACUAUCAAAACUAUCUGACAAUGACUGUUGGGAGCUGUUUAAACAACGAGCUUUUGAACCAAAUGCAGCAGAAAGGGCAGAGCUUGUUGUGAUAGGGAAGGAGAUAGUAAGUAAGUGUGGGGGAGUGCCUCUCGCAGCAAUUGCAUUAGGAAGUCUUUUGCGUUUUAAAAGAGAGGAAAAGGAAUGGCUCUAUGUUAAGGAAAGCAAGCUUUGGAAUUUACAAGAGGAGAAUUUGGUCAUGCCUGCCUUGCGAUUAAGUUACUUGAACUUGCCAAUAAAAUUGAGACAAUGUUUUGCCUUCUGUGCAGUAUUUCCCAAAGAUGAAAUAAUAAGCAAGCAACAUCUGAUCGAACUUUGGACGGCUAAUGGAUUCAUUUCCUCUAAUGAAAUAUUGGAUGCGGAAGAUAUUGGUGAUGAAGUGUGGAAUGAAUUAUAUUGGAGAUCUUUCUUCCAAGAUAUUCAGAAAGAUGAAUUUGGCAAAGUUACCGAUUUUAAGAUGCAUGAUCUUGUUCAUGAUCUUGCUCAAUCUAUUACUGAAGAGAUUUGGUGCAUCACAAAAGACAAUGGUGUAACUACUAUGCCAGAAAGAAUCCGACAUAUCUCAAUUUAUUGGAGGGAGGAAGCCAAUUCAAUCAUGUUGCAUCAACUCAAAUCUUUGAAAACCUGCACAACAGUGCUUUACGAUUAUGAUGGACAGAUUCUAGUUGACGUAUUAAAAUGUUAUUCUUUGCGGGUGCUUGAGUGGAAGAGACUAAAGCAUUUGUCAUCUUCAAUUGGCCAUUUAAAAUAUCUAAGAUACUUGGAUAUUUCCUAUGGUGAGUUUAGAGCUCUUCCAGAAUCCCUAUGUGAAUUGUUGAAUCUGGAAAUUUUGAAAUUAGACGUUUGUUGUUGUCUCCAAAGGUUGCCUACUAAUUUGAUACGCUUAAAAGCUCUACAACAUUUAUCUUUGAGGUAUUGCCACAAACUAUCAAGCUUGCCACCUCAGAUAGGAAUGAUGACAUCCUUAAGGACUUUAAGCACAUACAUCAUUGGCAACAAAAGAGGGUUCCUUUUGACAGAACUGGGUCGACUAAACCUUAAAGGAGAGCUUCACAUCAAGCACUUGGAGAGGGUAAAAAGUAUAGUGACUGCUCAAGAAGCCAAUAUGUCAACCAAGCGCCUAAAUAAAUUGUGGUUGUCAUGGGGGGGAAAUGAAGAGUCUGAAUUAUCGGAAAAUGUUGAGCAGAUUCUUGAAAUGCUUCAACCUCGUACACAACAACUUCAGAGUUUGCGUGUGGAAGGAUAUAAAGGUUCCCGUUUUCCACAAUGGAUGUCUAGUCCUUCUCUUAAAUGUUUAAAAUGUCUAGUGUUGGUAGAUUGCAAUAACUGUUUACAACUUCCGCAGCUGGGGAAACUACCUUCUCUAAGGAGGUUAGCUAUAUCUAACAUGAUUAAUAUUAAAUACAUAUACGAAGAGUCCUAUGAAGGUGGAGUAGUUUUCAUGGCUCUAGAAUUUCUGUUUCUGAAGAACCUGCCAAACCUAAUAAGGUUAUCAAGGGAGGAUGGGCACAACAUGUUCCAACAACUUUCCAAUCUUCAAAUUAUUAAAUGUCCUAAAUUGUUGGGUUUGCCAAGCCUUUCAUCUAUCAAUGCUCUUGCCAUAAACGGUAAAUGCAGCCAAGAUUUGCUAAGUUCAAUUCAUAAUCUCAAUAGUCUUCAAUCCCUACGGUUGGAUGGUAAUGAGGAGUUAACGUGCUUUCCAGAUGGGAUGCUACAAAACCUUACUUCUCUAAAGAUACUAAAUUUCGAUGGGCUCACCAACCUGGAACUACUUCCAACCGAAAUCAUUAACCUUAAUGCUAUCCAACAACUGAAUAUCAAAGGUAGCAGUAGGCUAAAGUCAUUGGGUGAUGAAGUAUUGAUGGAAGGGUUAACCCUAAAGAAAUUAGAAAUCGUUCAGUGCCAUAAGUUCAAUAUGUCGGCGGGUUUUGAACACCUAACCUGUCUUGAGGAAUUGAGGAUUGCGAGCUGCUUAGAAAUGGAAUGUUUGAAUGAUGCAUUACAACAUAUGACUGCCUUGCAAUCAUUAGAACUGUGUGAUCUUCCAAACUUACAAUCCUUGCCAGACUGCUUUGGAAACCUUGGCUUGCUUCGUGAAUUGAUUAUUUACAACUGUCCCAAGUUGAGGUGUCUUCCAAUGAGCAUUCAAUGCCUUGGCAGUACAAUACUGCAAGUUUCUCUUUGCCCUGAGUUAGGGAGAUACUAGAAGAAGGUAGCCAUAAAUAGCUCAUAUUCACCGAAUUCACACAUACAGAACAUACGAAUGCAGUCCAAUUCAAGAAGCGGUGGAUAUUAUUCUU